UCCAACGGCUGCAGCAUGACGUCACAGCAUAAUUACACCAAUCCGGCAUUCUGCCAGCAGAGUGAAUUCUAUACGCCACCCAAGACGCCAGGAAUGGCGGGCUCGCUGAUGUCGAUAGCAGCCACAACGACCUCGGCAGCUACGCGCCGUAAUGAGCAGCUAACCCGCUCGUACAAUCGCAUUACUUCGAAGAUCGUCAAUCGACAGCAUAGUCUGGCUUCGUACGAUCAGCGGGCACAAUACGGUGGCUCUCCAAUGCCGGGAAAACCGUUGGUGAAUAAACGUCUGCUGGAUCGAUAUGGGCCUGUCGGUGGGAAUGGAUUACAGCAACAGCAGCAGCAACAGCAACCACCCUCAAUGAACGGUAGUACCAGUGGUAGCCGUUACGCAUUAGUUCCGGUGGAGGAAAUUCCCUUCAAUGUGGUGCGCAAGUACAGUGUAGUCAAUGAGACGCAGCUGUCUCUUGGCGUUGCGAGCGGUGGUUCGCGCAGUGAAGAAUUUCUAGAUCGCGUCGGAAGCGUGCCGAAUUUGAACGAUAGGGCACGUAACCAGGCACGGUUCGGUGGUACCAAUGGAAUGAAUCCAAUGCAUGCAGAGGAAGGAAACGACGACAAUGACAACGAUGAUGACGAUGGUGUACAUAACCUGUCGGAUCAGUUCCGUAGCUUACCACCGAUGAUGUCUUCACAUUCAACGGCACUCGAUCAGCACUCGAGCUCACGGUUGAAGAAUGCAUUCUCAUCAGAUUUCGGUUCGAAAUCAUUCAUACUGUACGACCAGCGCAAUAAUCAACGGUUUGAGAUGGUACCGACGGAAGAGGACGAGGAACUGGUCGACGAGAAUCAGGAGAUUAUUCAGAUGCAUAAUGGACGAGCUCAUCGGUAUGCGAUUAUUCCAAGCAUUGCGGACGAUGAAGAUGAAACGUGUCUUAGCAACGGUACGGAUGAACCACCAACGGCCAUCCAUCGCACUCCAUCCUCACUAUCGGGUCAGCAGCGGGACGCUAAAGGAACUCCGGCCACACUAGUUUCCCGACGUGAAGCUCCCAAACCACAUAUCCCCGCCGCACCCGGUGGAUCAGUCACUACGACACCAUCCAAAGUGCACCCAGCAGGACGGGAAGAAACUACGCCGAAGAAAAAUCUCGCCACACAGAAGCUACACGAAUUGCUUACGACGCCUCAAAAGCCACCGAACCCGCAAUGGCGUGGAUAUCCUUCUUCUCCCUCCCCUUUCACCGCCACCACACCCAACACGACACCGAGACGUGGUGUUGCAUCUGGAGGUGGAGGACCACCACCAGCAAUCAUGGUGUCCAGCACACCGAAACAACACCAACCGGCGAUGAUGAUCCCGACGACAGCCAUCAUAAGCCCGCGGCUAAACUCAGACAUCUACAGCGAAAAGCCGUUACCCGAUCCGGAAAAACCGACCAACUGGGGAGCAGGAGGAUCAUUCCCGAAUGGUUCCAAAUCUUGGCGAAAGAUGGCGAAUGCUUCCGCCACGAUCGGAGCUGUGUCGUUGAUGUUGAUCCUGUGCGGUUUCAUGAACUCAGGACUUAGCCUGUACAUGACGGCAAAGUUGGGCCGUGAGUUUUAUCUUGAUAUGGGCAUACUGGCUGGAUUUUCCGCGAUCGCACUUGGCAUUCUGGGCUUUAAGUCGCGGCAGUGUGAUUGGCUACCGAAUCGGAACUACAUGUCAGGUUUCGUGUUGGUGACCAUUUUUUCUCUGUUGAACUGCUGUGCAGAGGUAAUACUGAUGACGAUGCAUCCUUAUCCUGGAACUCCACUGAACGAUGUUACUACCGGGAUAAUCUUAGGACUUUCAUCGCUGAUUAUUCUGCUGAUCAGUCUCGGCGCCAUCACUUCCCGCUGGUGCCGUGCUCCACCGCCAGAUAAUCGUGUGGAUGUAUGCGCUACUGGGCCGUAG